AUACUGCACGGCAGGCGCUAAGACCACGCGGAAUCUGCAGAAACUGGUUGUCAAUUUAACCAAAACACAGCGCAGAGUUGGAGGAAGGGGAAGUCAAAUAACGCGACUACAUACCAAUAGACCGAAAGAAUGAGUCCGAAGCGCUUCCUGGAGGGGCAGGUGUACUCCGUGCCUCUGAUCCAGCCAGACCUGCGGCGGGAGGAGGCCAUUCACCAGAUAGCCGACGCCCUCCAGUACCUGGAGACAAUCUCCUGUGACAUCUUUGCCAGGUACAGCGCUGUGUGUAUGGAUAACCAGGAUAAACAGCUGCUUCAGGAGGUGCUGGCUGGGAUUGGGAUGGAAACAAGACUCUCCUUGCUAAGACACACUGAGAGGCUGCAGGAUUACUCCUCCAUCUUCUCCGGUGCUGCAGACCCCAGCUCUCAGAAGCGCCCUCGCUACAAGGUGCAGGGGAAGCACAGGCCUCUGGAUGAGCAGGCAUUGCAGGAGAAGCUGAUGUACUUCCCUGUGUGUGCAAACACUAAGAGGCGCUCGGAGGAUGAGACAGAGGAAGGAUUGGGAGGCCUGCCCAGAAACAUAAGUUCGGUCAGCUCCCUGCUUCUCUUCAACACCACAGAGAACCUCUAUAAGAAGUAUGUGUUCCUGGACCCGCUGGCAGGGGCCGUGACAAAGACACAGAACACCCUGGAGACAGAGAAGGAGAAGCCAUUCGACGCACCGCUGUCCAUGACGAAGAGAGAGCAGCUGGAGAGACAGACGGCAGAGAAUUACUUCUACGUGCCGGACCUGGGCCAGGUGCCAGAGAUCGAUGUGCCCUCCUACCUCCCCGACCUGCCUGGCAUCGCGGAUGAUUUAAGCUACAGCGCUGACCUGGGGCCUGGCAUUGCGCCCUCCGGAGCUGCCAGCAGCAUCCCAGAGCUGCCCUCCUUUGGGGCCGAGGCAGGGGAGCUCAGUGGCCCAGAUGUUCAUUUCAGGGAAGCAGCCCCACCCCCUCCUCCACCUCCUCCUCCUCCUCCUCCUCCUCCUCCUCCUGAAGCCCCCCUCCCUAUCGCAGGGACCCCCCUGGGAGUCCCCCCAGCCCCUCCUCCGCCUCCCCCUAUCCCCAACACUCAGCCCUCCACAGCAGAGUGUGAGGAGGCCCUGAUUGACCCUGUGCUGCUGGCUUACCAGUUCCCCAUGCUCUUCCCCACCCCCCCAGCUCCAGUGAGGGGCACACCAUCGGAGGUGCUCAAGCCAUCGGACGGUAGGGCCAGCCUCCUGGAGUCGAUCCGCGAGGCCGGCGGGAUUGGCAAGGCCAAACUGCGCGACGUCAAAGAGAGGAAGAAGGAGAAGAAGAAGCAGAAGGAGCAGGAGCAAGUGACAUCCACAGUGAGCAGCGGGAACAUGAUGUCUGAUCUCUUCAAUAAGCUGGCCUUGAGGAGGAAAGGGAUCUCUGGGAAGGGUCCGGUGACGGGGGAGGGAGGGGGAGACGCCCCGGCCAGUUCCGGCAGUGCCUUCGCCAGGAUGUCCGACGCCAUUCCGCCCCUCCCCGCGCCACAGCAGCCAAACACAGGGGAGGAGGACGAGGGGGACUGGGAGGCAUAGCCACAGCGGCAAGGACUGCACAUUCCCACAGACUAGCCUGCUACCAGUGGGGCAACAGAACCGGGACUAGCAGUGCACAAACAGUAACCGCAAUGAGUGCUCAAGCCAUGAGCAAACUGACAACGCAGCUCAGUAUAAAGGUCUAUUUCAAAAUAAAAGACCCUGAUUUCCCCUAAACAGCAGCCUCCAAGGGCGUUUUUUAAACAUUUCCAUUAAAUUAUCUAAACUCCUGAUCACUUCUGUCUAGUGACAAACCUCAACAAUACUAACCGCCCUAAUUUAUUGUGCUCAGAAAAUUAAUGACCCUUUUUAUUACAGCUCUAUCCGUAAGCUUAUUUCCAGUAUCUCUUUUUUAAUGUUUCACUAGUGUCUGUUCUGUAUCUAUGUAGAGCCAUGUGGAUUUCGGCUUGUGGUUCUCAUACUGGAAAAACAGCUGCGGUAACUUUAUUUUCAGCAGCACAGAAACUUUAUUUUCAGCAGCACAGAAACAAUGACCCUCUUCUACCCGUAUUAAGUCAUUGAGCAUGUGCUGCUCUCAAACUGGAGUAUUAGUUUGUGUGUGUGUAGUUGUUGUCUGAUACUCAUGACUUAAUUUCCAGGCCGUGUUCUGCACACCUGUGAGCUCAACACAGCACAGUAUGGUCUGCAAACUCACCCAGAUCAAACCAGUCUUGAUCAUUACAAAAUUAUGGACAGAAAUAAAAUAAUUAAAAAGAA